GUCUACGCUGCAGUGCGGACAAAAACUGUGGAGUAGGAUGGACCGAGAGCCGUGGCGUUGGAGAGCAUAUAACCGUAUUUUAAACCGAGACAUCAAGUAUUAAGACAAAGCAUUGUAUCGGACUAGUUUUUCGGAAUUGGACCCACUUGCUUACCUGGAUUUUAGUCGUCGACAAUGUAUUUCAAUUGUGCAUUCAUGCAAAGCCUACACCUGUACACUGCAGUUUGUAAUCAUAGGAAUCCGCUUGCCUGACACAUUUGUGUCGAAGAAAUAGGAUAUUAUUAUAAUUUAGAAAAAUGCAAAUAUUUUUUGUAGUGUUAGGUCAAUACACAAUUGAAGAAAAUCAAAUGUUUGAUUGAAUUUAUUGGAGGUUUCGCUUGGGAUAAUUGCCUGCUAAAUGCAUAGGAGUACGGUUCAUUUUAGCGUCGGAUAUCGGAGUAGAUGUUUAUAUGGACCUUUGAAAAGUUCUCGCAAUGGAUUUGGUCAUACAUGGGAAAAUGAUGCUAUUAUUGAGUGUAUAGCUGUAGCAGUACUGUUUGUCAGAGGAAGUCUUCUCCCACCUUAAAAUCCCAAAUGAAGAUUCCAAAAAGACGGAAAAGACUAACGUGCCGUCUCUGCGCCAGAUAAAUGGCUCAUUUAAGUUGGGAGCUGCUCGCGUUCUGUCGGGCUGGCAGAUGCAGUGCCUAGUGCCAGCCCUCCAGGACCACGCCAACAUGAAUGGGGCUGGGGAGACGGCGGACAUACUGCCGCCUAACUGCAUGGUCAAGGACCGAUGGAAAGUGCUGAAGAAAAUCGGAGGAGGAGGUUUUGGGGAGAUCUACGAAGCGCUGGACCUAUUGACGCGGGAGAACGUGGCGUUGAAGGUGGAGUCGGCCCAGCAGCCCAAACAGGUCCUGAAGAUGGAGGUGGCAGUCCUGAAGAAACUGCAGGGUAAAAACCAUGUGUGCAAAUUUAUUGGCUGUGGGAGAAAUGACAAAUUCAACUACGUGGUCAUGCAACUUCAGGGGGUGGAGCAGGGACGCAAUUUGGCUGACCUGAGGAGGAGCCAGCCUCGGGGGACUUUCACCAUGAGCACCACGCUCCGCCUGGGGAAACAGAUCCUGGAGUCUAUAGAGGCCAUCCACUCUGUCGGCUUCCUGCAUCGAGAUAUCAAACCGUCAAACUUCGCCAUGGGAAGGCUGCCUUCGACCUUGAGGAAGUGUUACAUGCUAGACUUCGGCCUCGCGCGGCAGUACACCAAUACCACUGGAGAAGUCCGCCCUCCGAGAACUGUCGCAGGUUUUCGAGGAACUGUCCGAUAUGCCUCAGUCAAUGCACAUAAAAACAAAGAAAUGGGCCGACAUGAUGACCUAUGGUCUUUAUUUUACAUGUUGGUGGAAUUUGCAGUGGGGCAGCUACCAUGGCGGAAAAUCAAGGACAAGGAGCAAGUUGGGCAGAUAAAAGAGCGAUAUGACCAUAGGAUGCUGCUGAAACACAUGCCUUCGGAGUUUCAUAUCUUCCUCGACCAUGUAUUGGGCCUUGACUACUACACCAAGCCGGAUUAUCAGCUGCUGAUGUCGGUGUUUGAGAACAGCAUGAAGGAGCGCAUCAUCAUGGAAAAUGAGCCGUUUGAUUGGGAGAAAGGAGGGACGGACUCCACACAGUCAACAAGCGCCUCCAACCAACCACAACACAACACACGGCCCACCGUCGCCAUGGUGGGAGCCCUCAACACCCCGGUGCCCGUAGACCUCCAGAGGGAGAACACGGAGAACGUGCUCCAGGACGAGCACCUCAGCGACCAGGAGAACGCCCCUCCGGCCCUGCCCCCCGGUGGGAGCCGCCAGGGUGGCGGUGGCCAGACGCCCGCUAAGGGCGAGGGAUGGGAGGACACCGACUUCAACCGCAACAAACUCAGGAUCAGCCUGGGCAAGGGGGCCCAGGAGGGGGAUGAACCCAGCAGAGGGGCCUGUCCCAUGUCUCCGUGCCGGGCAGGAGCGGCCCCCGAGUCCCCCAGUGGCCAGAUGCGCUCCCUCCGGUAUCGCCGCAUCAACAGCCCCGAGUCAGACCGCAUGUCGGCCGCUGAUGGGAGGGGCGUCGACGGAUACGGCCAAAGUAUCAGGUCCCGCAUGGACAUCCUGGGAUCGCCCUCGCGCCACGUGUACUCGUCCCAGCCGGCCAUGAUGCUGUCUGUGGACUGCGGCCUGCAGCGCGGGCGGCACGGCGAGGGCUCGGUGGCGUCCGUGGACCAGGAAGCCCACAGUAAUGCCUUUAUCAGAUCGGUACCGCUGGCAGAGGAAGAAGACUUUGAUAGCAAGGAGUGGGUGAUCAUCGACAAGGAGACGGAGCUGAGGGACUUCCAGCCCACCACGUCGGGCACAACCGAUGAGGAGCCUGAGGAGCUGAGGCCACUGGAGGAGGGAGAGGAGAGGAGGAGGUUGCGGGGAGGAGGGGCGGAGAUGGUGGUGCGACCCAAGACGACCCACACGACCAACAGCAGCCGGGGCAUGCUCACACUCACCGAGGAGGAAGCCUCCAGACGAAGUGGGGGAAGCCCCGCCAUGUCGCCGUGUCAUUCACUCCCGUCAGGCCGUCCUAUUGGACCGCAAAGACCGGUGAUCAUGUCUCCGACUGAGCACAAUGGCUUAUCUCAGCCUUGUCCAGACUUCAGGACCAAGGGCCAGCUGGACGAGAAGGAGCAUUUCCACAUCCUUCCCCAGCUCCAGGUCAAGCGGGCCGACUUCCUCACCGUCAUGCUGACUGGCACCCUUCCUCAGCGGCGAACCUUCACAGCAGCUCUGCCGGCAGAGAACGAGGUCCGGGAGCCCCAUGGCCCGCGGGACGAUGACGUGACCAAGAGUGAGUCGAACAGCGAGGCCAGCCAAAAAAGCACAGAGCGGAGCCAGGAUGGGGCCCCUGAUACCCUCAUGGCCGAGGAUGGUCCCAGGGGCCCCCGAGAACCCGCCUCGGCCGCAGAUGCUGACCCUGACUUGGAGGACGGCUCCAAGACCCUGGUUCUGUUCUCGCCGGGGGAUCCCCGGAAGUCUCCAUCCACUGGGGGGGAACACGUCCUGCUGGAGGUUGACUUCGGGACACCGUCUGCCUCUACCCCUAGGAACGAUAUGCCUCUGGUGGGUGCAGGCAGCCAGCCAGAGCUCUCCUUCACACUGAGGUCGGACUUGAGGCCAUCCACCCCAAUCGCCCCUGCAUCUCCCCCCUUCACCAAAGUUGAGCGCACCUUUGUCCACAUCGCCGAGACUUCCCACUUUAACGUCAUGUCUUCCAGAGGUCAGACCGCAAAGGAGAGCAGCGACCUCUCGGCCGUUACCCAGGAGACCUCACCAUGGGAAGGAGACUCCCAUGAUCAGACCGUACAUGUUGAACAGAGUGAGGAAUCCCAGCGUCUUUCCAGAGAGUCCCAAGCCCAUUCUAUCCCAGACGUGACCCUGGAGAAGGGUGUUACUCGCACCAAACCAGACGACCGCUCACCGCUGGUUUUUGUUAAGUCCUUGGAGCCUGUCCCAGAAGCCAUGUCGCCCAUUCUGGAACACAAAACUCUCUCUGCAGAUCCCAACAAGGGGGCAUUGUCUACCGAAGGUGUUCCCGAGUCCAACGCUGGAUUACCGUAUACCGCACUCAGGCAGAGGGUCAAAAGCCGCAUCCCGGUUCUACUGUCUGAAGAGGACACAGGCUCGGAGCGUUCAGCCUCGCUCUCUGCCCGAGCACGACUACGGAAGAGAGCCCGGCAACUGGACCUGGCACGCCUGGUGGUGCAGAAGCAGCAGGGCCGCUGGAUGAGGCUACCCUCGGGGACAUCCUCCUCGUUGUCCUCUGGCGAUGGGAGGGCCUCCGAGACGCUCUCCACCACCGGCUCGGAGGAAGACACCCACGCCUCGGACGAGUCCCUGGCCAGGAGGAGCUCAUGUCUGAAGGCCAGGGCAGUGGCUGGGGGGGACCAGAGCCAUACGGAGUGGCGCAGCAGGAUCCCCAGGCCCGUCACCCCCAUCAAGAGGCCCUCGGGGCGGCUGGUGGCCGCCGUGGCCUCCCCUCUCGCGUUGCCAGGAUCGGGCAUUUGUAGAGAUGCAUCCACCUUUGGUAAUGGGCUCCAAGUUCAGAAGAUAGGACUGAGCACUCUCCCGACCCAGAGGCGGUCUAAACCUCUGCAGACUGGCUCCUCGUCUUCCUCCUCCUGUCCGAGGCCAUGUCCUGUCCCCGCCCAGCCCUGCGGCAGCCCCCGCAUGCCCCUGCGCUGCGUUUUCAUGACCCGACGCAGCCUAAGCACCUCCCACUGCAGGACAGACAGCCCCUCCCCCCAACGUGUCCGUCCAACUAGACAGCCCCUCUCUGUCCGGCCCACAACUGCCCCUCCGCUCCGGCCCAGGGCUAAUACUACUACCACCACCAUGAAACAGGCCAACUCACAGGGCUGCUUUACCCAGGCAUUCACCGCUAUGCCUGACAGAAUCCGAGCCAAAUCCACAGGCCCUGCCAAAGCGAAACAAAGCAGAGAGGACAAGAUGGCUACCUCGAGAUAGUAAACAGAUUCACUGGGAUGAAACGCAUACACUUCUCUGUUGUCCUCAGAGUGACUCAAUGCCUCAAAAAGCUCCAGGACGACCCCAAAUUAAGACUGACGCGGUUUCCCAUCUUUUUUUAAUCUUUCAAUUACCUUCUCUGAUCCAAAUCAUGUACCUCUACUAACUAGACCAUGACGACAACAACAUUUACAUGAGCUUCCAGUCAAAGAACUGUACGCUGUUCACCGGUGCAUUGUAUAAAUGUUCCUUUUGUUUCUGAGGUUGAACAUUUCUUUAGGUUUGUGGAUUUUGCAUCCUAUAUGCAAGAAAUGUAUUUGAACGAAGUCGGUCAUCAUGACCCCUUUGCAAGCCAAGUUGCAAUCUUUCUCAACACAGAAACGUCUCACACCGAUGUACUAAGUUAUCAUCGACAAUAUCUGGCUCACUUUACAUUGCAUGGUAUAGAUAUCACAAACACUUUUGAUAAGUUGAAUAAUGUUAAGGAAAUGUACGAAAGUCUCAAUCUUCCAAUGGUCUGACACGAUAACCAAUUCUGAUAGAAUGCAAAGGCCAAAAUCAUUCCCAACUCUGGUCAGAUGUGUUAAAAGAGGAAGGUUGGAUUAUGGGGUAAAUUACUGCCGAUACUAAGCGACUGCAGAAGUAAUAUUGCUGGCCUCCUUGUUAGCGUGUGACAAUGGGCAUGCGUUAUAUCAUUCUAUUUUUGGGGUGUUUGAUUAUAUUUACAUUCCGAAGACGUGUAUAUAAUAUGAUCAUUUCUUGAAAAAGACAUCUUUAUUUUUUAUCUUGUGAAAACAACCUGUAUAUUUUGCCUUUCCUCUGCUGUUGAACAAUGUUGGCAAAUAUGCCUGUUUUUUUAUGCAUGAGAAAAAUAAGGUUAACUUUGAGCGAUAGAUACCGCCUUUUAAUGUUCUGACAAUGAAAUGAAUGGUGGAUCAUUGGAACCCAUGUUUUGUGUUUGUAUUGGGUAAAUGAAACCUACAAUUGCAGGGCACUGAGCUAAAGUAAAAUCAUGGUCAUGUGGAUUGACUAGCUCCUG